AUGAAUACAAGCAUUGUUAGUUCAUCUGCACACUCUCAACUGAAUCCUCCCAUGCAAGAUAUAUUAAAAUUUAAUGUAGAUGCUUCAUUUGAUGAGGAAACUAACACGCUUGGCACUGGCGUAGUCUUACACACUCAUGCAGGAACCUGUGAAGGGAUCAGAGGAUUCUACUCAGAUGGAGCACUAAGUCUGGAGGCUGGGGAGUGCAUGGCUAUUCGAGAAGCUCUGCUGUGUGCUCGAGAAAAGCAGUUCACAAGUAUUCACAUAGAAGCUGAUGCAAAGCUAGUAGUUCAAUCAAUCACUGAUAAUGUUCUUCUUACUCGGUGGGAGAAUACGAGCAUUCUGAAGCAGAUUAAGAGUCUGAGUGCCAGUUUUAAUCAUUGUAGUUUUUCCUUUGUCAGUAGAGAUGAUAAUAGAGUAGCUGAUGAAGUUGCAAGAUCUGUUAGAGAAUCAUCUACUCAUAUAAACCUUUUAAAUAACUUCUCUGAGGAUAUUUGUAGUCUCCUGGCAAGAGACAUUAAUGCUUCUUCUACUUAA